AUCGUGCUCCGGGCGCGCGAGGCUGGGCAUGGCGGCCGGGCCUGGGUUGCUCAGCGGGCCUCAGUCCCCCAACCCGGGGCAGGUGCCUCCAGCCCGGCCCGGCUAAGAGCUUCCGCGGUGCUCACAGAAGGAGGGGGAAGGUCCAGGUCCUGCUUCUUCGGGGCGCCCCAGGCCAGCCCGCACCUCUCCCCCACCCCGCACAGCGCCCUCUGUGAGCCGAGCGCUGGGGCUGAUAGCGAGGUCGGGCCCGCCCCGCCUGUUCCUCAGAAAAUUAAAUGUCGUCAGAGGACCGAGAAGCUCAGGAGGAUGAAUUGCUGGCCUUGGCGAGUAUUUAUGAUGGAGAUGAAUUUAGAAAAGCAGAGUCUGUGCAAGGCGGAGAAACCAGGAUCUAUUUGGAUUUGCCACAAAAUUUCAAGAUAUUUGUGAACGGCAAUUCAAAUGAGUGUCUCCAGAAUAGUGGCUUUGAAUAUACCAUUUGCUUUCUGCCUCCACUUGUGCUGAACUUUGAACUGCCAGCAGAUUAUCCAUCCUCCUCCCCACCUUCAUUCACACUUAGUGGCAAAUGGCUGUCACCAACUCAGCUGUCUGCUCUGUGCAAACACUUGGACAAUCUGUGGGAAGAGCACCGUGGCAGUGUGGUCCUGUUCGCCUGGGUGCAGUUUCUUAAGGAAGAUACCCUAGCGUACCUGAAUAUCGUCUCUCCUUUUGAGCUCAAGAUGGGUUCUCAGGGAAAAGUGCAGAAAAGGGCAGCACAAGCCUCAUCCAACACAGAGCUGGAUUUUGGAGAAGCUGCUGGCUGUGAUGUAGACCAAGAGGAAAUUGUGGAUGAGAGAGCCGUCCAGGAUGUGGAGUCGUUGUCAAGUUUGAUCCAGGAAAUCUUGGACUUUGAUCAGGCACAGCAGAAAAAAUGCUUUAACAGUAAAUUGUUCCUGUGCAGUAUCUGUUUCUGUGACAAGCUGGGUAGUGAAUGCAUGUAUUUCUUGGAGUGUAGGCAUGUAUACUGCAAAGCCUGUCUGAAGGACUACUUUGAAAUCCAGAUCAGAGAUGGCCAAGUUCAGUGCCUCAACUGCCCAGAACCAAAGUGCCCUUCGGUGGCCACCCCGGGUCAGGUCAGAGAGCUAGUGGAAGCAGAGUUAUUUGCCCGUUAUGACCACCUUCUCCUCCAGUCCACCUUGGACCUGAUGGCAGAUGUGGUAUACUGCCCCCGCCCAUGCUGCCAGCUGCCCGUAAUGCAAGAGCCUGGCUGCACCAUGGCCAUCUGCCCCAGCUGCAAUUUUGCCUUCUGUACCUUGUGCAGAUUGACCUACCAUGGGGUCUCUCCCUGUAACGUGACAGCAGAGAAGUUAAUGGACUUGCGAAAUGAGUACCUGAAAGCAGAUGAGGCCAGUAAAAGAUUUUUGGAACAGAGGUAUGGUAAGAGGGUGAUUCAGAAGGCACUGGAAGAGAUGGAAAGUAAGGAGUGGCUAGAAAAGAACUCAAAGAGCUGCCCGUGCUGUGGAACUCCCAUAGAGAAAUUAGAUGGGUGUAACAAGAUGACAUGUACUGGCUGUAUGCAGUAUUUCUGCUGGAUUUGCAUGGGUUCUCUCUCUAGAGCAAACCCAUAUAAACAUUUUAAUGAUCCUGCUUCCCCCUGUUUUAACCGGUUGUUCCAUGCUGUGGAUAUUAAUGGAGACAUUUUAGAUGAAAUUGAAGACUAGUUAACUCCUACUGUUCAAGAUAUGGAAGUGGAAUGGUUUUCCCUAAUCUUUUGUUGACUACAUAGAGUUACCUUGCAGGAUAUUUAGGGUAUCAUCCAUUUAGUCUUCCUAUGUAGAAGAUACGGAAGAACAAGGUUUAUAUUUUCAUUUGAUACUACUGAUUAAGGCAUAUUCAUAUAUUUCUCAAUGUAACAUAAAUUGAGAAAAUUAUAAGCCAAAGGAUUAAACAAUGAAAACUAGAGAAUAUUAAAUAUUACAAUGUAUGCCAGCUCUGCAUAGUUAAAAAUUAAAUAUUUUCUUCCCCAAGCUACAGGUAAGAAGAGGGGUCACAGGUUUAACUUACUGACCCUUUUAUCUCUGAGAAGGAUCCCUCUAAGGCAUUCCUGUUCAGGCUCCCUCAGGACUACUGCUUACAGCUGGGGUGGGUAGAAGCUUUAUUAAAAUUGUACUGAGAGCUGUAACUUAUUACAAGCAUGAUCUUAUUUCCUCCGUGUUAUUCACAUUCCUUCCAACCUAAAUUUCUUCUGAGUUUUCCUUGGAGGGAACAUUUUAUAACUGCUUACAUGGCCCAAGUGUCAUUUUGAUCUUCUGCUUUCCAGAAUAGAGAUGUAUAUAGAUAAUUUAAAAAAUAUGUUUUAAUACCACAAACACCAUGUGACACCUGAUAUUUAUUAGUGGUACAUAGUCCACUGGUUCUGAGCCAAAUCCAGAAGAAUUUCAGCCCUUUUCAACUUCCCUGAGCAAUAGAUCCUAGAUUCAAAACGACUUGUCUUUGCUACCUUUUGUUGCUCAUCCCGUCCCCUUACUCCCAUCCACCGUUGGUUGGGAAGGACAAUUUUAAUAAUUCCAGCCGCUCAUGUUUGUAUUUCCUCUGCUGGAAUAGGAGAAAGCCCAAUAUAUUGCCAAGCUGAACUUCCCUGUCCACACCACUGUAAUUCAAGAUUCUUUUUCUUUUUAAAGAUAUUCUCUAAUGAGUUAUGGGAAUUUAGCUCCUACCCUUCCCCCCCCCCCCGCCUUUUUUUUUAACAGCAGUGUUUUGGGGGAUAAUUUUGGUUUGAUUCUUAGAUACCAAAAUACCUGGGUUUUUGUUGGCUUUUUGGAAAAUUGUCUUUCCUUAUUGUUUGGGGAGUGGCUUGGUAGCAAAAUAAAAUUUUUUGAAAAAGAGGACAGAGGAAUUCAGUAGCAGUUUGUGAACAUCUUCUUUUUUCUUACCUUGUCAUUGAAAAUUGGGGAAACCCUUUCAACCUUUUUGUGAGUGUGCCCUGGCCAAAGAGUCAGCAGGGUCUGUGUUUCUGGAUUGUCACUGAGGAUGCUUAAUCUUAACAGUACCCAUUGCCGUUGAGUCGGUUCCAACUCAUAGCAACCCUAUAGUACGGGAUAGAAACCAUAGGGUUUCCAAGGCUGUAAUCUUUACGGAAGCAGAAUGCCACACCGCUGCAUCUUUCUCCUACGGAGUGGCUGGUGGGUACAAACCUCCAACCUUUCAGUUAGCAGCCAAGUGUUUAACCACUGUGCCACCUGGGCUCUUCAGCCUUAACAAUAAAGAUAAUGAAAGACGUUAUCUUUUAAUUAGAUCUGAGUUGCUGCUAUUUGUUCUGUUGCCAAAGCAACUGAUCACAUUUAAAAACUCUGUUUGGCAUAUAACAUAUUCUUAAGGUGAGAACAAAAAAAGUCUCUGAACAGCACCUUUUCUUAUCCUUGGCUUGUGACUGAGCUUAGUUUUAGGGCGCAUAUUUUAUUUAAACCAUGUAUUUUCAUGGACUUUAUUCAGUGUAUUUUAUAUAAGAACUAAAGUUACUUUAAAGGAUAAGUUGAAGAUAAUAAAUGGGAAUAAAAAAGACUAAUUAUACAAUAUAUACCGGAGAACAGUGACUACAGUGAACAGGAUUCCCAGUUCUGGCUCUUUUCAGUAGUUGUCACUCCUUUAGUUCAUGGGUUGAUUGAUAUUCUCUAGAGGUCAUUUUAUUUUAGGCUGUUGCACAUUAUGUUGAUAUAGCAGAAGGCAAGAAGCCUUCAUAAUGCAAUUCGUGAAAGAAAUGGGCUUUUUUUUUUUUUUUUGCCCAUU